AUGCCGACGCAGGUGUCUGUGGGAAAUGCCGACGCUCCCAUUGCUGGUUUCUUGAAGAUUCAGCCGAUGUUGAAGACCAAGUAUGCAGUGCUGAUGCACAAUGAUGCAUACCCCAUGGAGAGAGACUUUGCGUGUGAGAUGUUCAGGGCGCUGGAGGCAAAUCCGCAUUUCCCAAUUGCUGCACCUCAAAUUUAUGAGGCUGCAAGCGACCACAUCGUUGUGCCACAUGGGCACCACCAGAACUUGCACGUGCGACCCUCGCCCACAAGCAAGACUGGCUAUCGCAUUGACUAUGACCUUAGCUUGAACUUGCUUACGCAGAGGAAGCCAGAGGACUUCAAGGAAGGCCCUCAGGUGGACUUCCUGGAAGACCAUGCGUUCUUCGCACGCACCGACAGGUAUCAUGAGCUGCUGGAUCCAGCAGGAUCGUUCACCCUUGAGUACAUGGACAUGAUCUUGAACAUGCGCUCCCGCAACACCUCAGCGUGGUAUGUGCCAACAGCGCGCUGCAUCUUUGAUGUUGACACUGGCAAGGUCCGGUGGGAGGAUGUGCCCUAUUUGGUCUACAAGCGUGGCGAGCAGGUUGGUCACCAGGUUCGCAACUACCUCACCAAGAAGUGGGGUGUGGAGUUUGUGAACACUGGCAUUUGGAACUACGUGCGCUAUGUCAUGCUUGCAGAUGUUGUGAUCCGCGAUGAUGGCCUUCCAACCAAGUGGAAGGAUCAGGCCGCUGUUUUCUACAGCUGGUUUGAAUCCGUGGGAUUCAAUCGGUACAACGGCGAGUACCUGCCGCAGUUCAUCGAGGAUCCUGCUCCUGGCACAGUAAACAUCUCCCGCACAAUGAAGUGGACCCUCCCCACUGAUGUUCCUGAACAUCGCAUUCCCCCGAAGAGUGCAAUGGAAAUUCUGCCCAAGCAGUCACGGAAGAAGGUAGGUGCCAUCGACAUUUCCUUCAAGGAACCUCAUUUGCCCAUUGGCGUCGACUGCAAGUUCGAGGUGGCAUUCUCGGAGAAUGCGAAGGCAGUUUGGCAGUUUCAUGAGAUUCAUUCGCGUCUUUCGCUCACAACACAUGCAUACACAUGCCUGUGA